GUGGGUAGAGAGGAAAGAUAGUGAGAGAGAGGGGGAGAACUGGGGAGAGCAGAAAGUUUGUCAGACUCUCAUUCGCAUUCGGACAUUCAUAAACGAACACUUCAUUCGGUUAUUUCGUUAUCUCGUAAAGGAAUACAAAAUGAAUGGAAUUAACGUCACUUACAACAACAAACACAUCGUCGGUGUUCUUGGCACCGGAGAUUUUGCCCGAGCCAUUACCAAAAGACUUAUAAUGUCUGGAUACUCUGUGUAUAUGGGCAGCCGUUGCCCCCAAGACCGCAAACUCACUGAAAUCGACAAAACACUCGAAGACGCCCAUGUCGUAUCCAACCAUACUUGUUUGACUCACACUGAUAUCAAAAUAUUAAUCCUUGCUGUUCCCCACGAUGCUAUCUUUACAAUUCUCCAGAACUACCGGGAUUUUCUCACUGAUAAGAUCCUGGUCGAUGUCUCCAACCGAACGGAAUACGACGAGUCGGAGUCCCUUGCUGAGAUCCUUGCCGAUGCCUUUCCCGAGGCAGAGGUCGUCAAAGCCUUCAAUACCCUCUCGGCAUACGCCAUAGAAAGCGACUCCUUCGGCGGGAGUCGACGAGUCCUGAUUGCUUCGAAUAACAAAACUGCUUCGACAUCAAUAUCUGAACUUUGUCACGACAUGGGAUUUUCUACGUUAAACAUGGGGGGCUUAAGAAACGCUAGGGAGCUGGAGUGCCGACAGUUGGUGUUGAUGUCAGGCUGGGGUGCUCCUACGCUUUUCACGUUUGCUGUUUUCUUCUUCUGGUUUGCCAUGUGUGCCAUUGAGUUUGGGAUAUUUUUCGGUACCCAUCCAGAGCUAAAAGUUCCAUUCGGUAACCUGCCGUUAAGCGCUCUAAACAAGCCAGUCUGUCUGACGGCCAUUACGCUUCUUGCUCUCUCUUAUCUUCCGGGCUGUCUUGCUUCGUUCCUGCAGAUUUGCCGCGGCACCAAAUACAAACGCUUUCCUCAUUGCAUGGACCGGUGGAUGAAGUCCCGCAAGAUGCUCGGACUCUUCGCACUUCUCUUCAGCUGUUGGCAUGUCGUGAUCAGUGCCAUUAUCCUCUCCCCGGCCUCAAUGCCAGAAUGGUACCAACACACUCGUAUCCACAUACCAACAAACACCACCAACUUUGCAUUCGAAGUUUCAUCACGGAUGAACUGGAUUGGUGAAACAUCUAUCAGCGUCGGGCUUCUCGGUCUCAUCUUCAUGAGCAUUCUUGGUCUAACAUCAGUGCCUUCAAUCUCAAAUACUCUAAAUUGGCAGGAAUGGCGAUUUUUCCAAUCCAAGCUUGGCUACGUCACCCUAUUCUUCGUUACGGUCCAUGUGCUUGUCAUGGCUGUUCCCUUCUGGAUCAAGGAGCCUGCGUUCAUCGCCAUAUCCAAUCGUUUCUACUGCAUCCUGCUACCAGCUCUAGUUUUCAUCAUGAAAUUCCUACUGUUAAUUCCCUACGUGGAUCGCUACCUUAUGAAAAUCCGUUCAGGGUGGGAAAGGAGAUUAUAUCAUACGCACAGCAAUGGCUAUGUUCACAUUUAAGAAAUAUGCAAGCAAACUGGACGUGAAGGAUGUGUAUGUCCACCUGUCAGUCUUUGCCUCCAUCUCUUUGUCUUCAUCUUUUAUCAUUUACUUACCUCAGAAAUUGAACUGCAGUCAUGCUGGGGCACGGACCUGACAGGUUUAACCCUUUAGUGUUCACAUCGUUCUGCCAAAAUUAAUCCUUUUUUA